CUUUACCAAAAGCUCUUGGCAACGCAAUUUUUCACAUUUUAUCGUAUGGCAUGUCAGCUUUAGCAUCAAGAUCGCAUUUUUAUAAGAAGAAUUUAAGUGAGCCUUCCUUUUCGACUUCAGAACAGGGAUAA